AUGGGCCCAAAAACAUUCCUAUGUCGAUUUCCGCCCUGCCAUGCGAGAUACCAGCGGAAGGAGCAUCUUCGUCGUCAUGAGACGCAACAUCACCGACGACAACUUGUCCAAUGUUCAACCUGUAACCGAGAAUUUGGCCGAAGCGACAUACUCCGGCGACACCUACAAAACGUGCAUGGAGUAGAGGAACGUGUGCCUCCCAUGAAACAAGCAUGUAUAUCCUGUCGAGAUCAAAAGACUAGAUGUCAAGGAGGGCCACCAUGUAGCAAGUGCGUGGACCGCGGAAUCCACUGCUCGCUGAGUCGGCAUGAAGAACAGCCAGGUGGCUAUCUCAGUCACCCACAAGACACACUAUUGAUUGAUGAUCAUUCCACACAAUCCAAGGCCGGUCGCUCUGGAAAGGAAAAACACUACCUCGAUUUAUAUUUCACGUUAUUUCACCCUCACUGGCCAUUUAUUCACCGGGGGUCGUUUCGUGAGGAUAAUGAAACACCCUUACUUGUCCAGUCGAUGAUUGUCAUCGGUUUGUGGGUGAGUAACGAACUGGAUGCACAGUCAAAAGCAGUUGACCUCCACAACGUCCUCAGCUCGGCCAUACAUCAGCAGAAAGAGAUAUGGGAUGCUUCGAUCUCAAAGGACGCAAGUAGUACCUGUUCCUGGCCGAUACCGACCUAUCAAGCUAUCUUACUCCAUCUGAUCUUCGCUGUACUACACAAAGGCAGUGGAGUGCUUGGUCUGGACUUGAAGCCUUCUCUUACUCCUGUUGAUGCCGAUCUCCUUUACAGACUUGUCGCGAGCUGCCAAAAGCUGGGCAUGCUAUACUAUCCAAACAUGCUGAGGCGAUUUGGCCAGACUGAUCUUGCUUCAUAUGUCUGGGUAAGCAUUGAGGAAAUUAAACGAUUUAACAUGGCACUCUUUAAGGUCUGCAGGGCUUUCAGCAGCUCAAGCGAACACGGGAGUAGUAUAGACAGUUCGUAUAUGAAUAUGGCAGGGGCAGCAGCAAGCAGGAAGCUUUAUGCACGCGAUUUACAGUUUCCAUUGCCAAGCAAUACUCCAUUGUGGAACGCUGUAAGCAGAGAGGAAUGGGUGUCUGCGGCUACAGAGGACGUAUGUCGCAUUAGCCUGGACGACACUUUGGAGGUGGAAUGGAUCUCGAAUUCAGCCAAAGUCUUGGAGCUAAUUGAGACUCCACAUGUCUUCGGGUAG